AUGUUCCCGUCGCCAGGGAAGGCGGUGAUGGCGCUGGGCCACGGUGGCCAGCAUAUGACCUCGUCGUCCACCACCGGCGGCGCCGGCAUGGCGGCCUCCUCGUCCUCCACCCCCACCAUAACCUUCGCGUUCCAACCAUCCCCUCCGCCGACAAGCGCCCUCGCCCUCGCCCACCAUUGCGUGCUAGGUUACGGCACCUCCCUUCUCCUGGACCACCAUCACCCAACCACCACCACCACCACCUCCUCGGCCUCUUCCUCGCACGCGGCUUCGUCCACCACCCUCCACCACCACCUCCAUGGCCAUGCAGCAGCAGCAGCAGCGCCGCACGCUUCCCUUUCCCCUCCCACCACGAGGGCGUCGCCUCCUCCUCCUCCUCACCCAUGGUCGACGACGACGGCCUGCGAAGAAGGGCCGGCGCCGCAUGAUCGCCAAGCAGGCCAAGGCGGCAGGCCGCCGAGGGGGAAGGGAGCUGCGGUGAUCAGCGAGGGGUCGGCGGCGCUGGGGGUGGGCGCCGUGAGGAUGAAGAAGGCGGGCGGCGGCGGCGGCGGAGGGAAGGCGCGGCGGAAGGUGCGCGAGCCGCGGUUCUGCUUCAAGACGAUGAGCGACGUCGACGUGCUCGACGACGGCUAUAAGUGGCGCAAGUACGGCCAGAAGGUCGUCAAGAACACACAGCACCCAAGGAGCUACUACCGGUGCACGCAGGACAACUGCCGGGUGAAGAAGCGGGUGGAGCGGCUAGCUGAGGACCCCCGCAUGGUCAUCACCACAUACGAGGGUCGCCACGUCCACUCCCCGUCCCGCGACGAUGAGGACGACGCCACGCGCGCCUACGCCGAGAUGAGCUUCAUCUGGUAG